AUGCGUGACCAAGGUGUGGAAACACUGAGUCAGCGCAUUGACAGUCUCUCUGAAAGAGUUGACACCUUGGGUCGUCGUGUUGAAGAUCUAGCUGAAACCCUUCAGCGCCUCACUUCCGCUCUUUCAAGCAAUCCCUUGCUGGCCCCCGGGCCCUUCUCAGAAGCCGGACGUGCUGCCCCUGUCCCUUCAGAGACCGCAUCGGUGUCUGGAGCUUCUCGGACUAGCCAAUAUAACCAGCUUGCUGAGGAGAUCCCUGUUGUGCCUGAUUUUUGCGUGGCACUUUGCAACAGGUUGUCAGCUGGCACUCUUUCAAGCCGCCAGCGAGCAGAGAGAGCUUGGGAAGCAGGCUAUUGGGCCCGAUUCGUGCUGGAGGGCAGAGUGCAGAAGCCUCGGCCGUCCGUGCUUUGUGACGUGGCCAACACAGUCUACGUGGUGUUGCGAGCGCCUGGGUAUCAGUGUCCGUUGUACGUGCACUCAUCAGGGAUCUAUCGGGCCAUCGUGGGGAAUUUCAAGUCAGAUACUAUCUCCCACGGCUUUGCAUCGCAAGCUGAGGCCACUAUUUACUGCACGGGAGCAGGUGUCACUUUGCCCAGUGAGGGUUUUCAAGAUCUGUAUGUGUUGAACUGGCCCAUAGACGUCCCUGCAGAGGAUGCGAGUGCAGGGCUUUGUCAUGUUAUCAUGAAAAGACCUGGAGGCCUGUUGCUUGGGGUUCCACCAGGGCUCAUACCUCCAGAGGCUUUGCAAGGUGCUGCAGCUCAAGGAGAAGACGCUUUGCUUGGGCCGCACAAGGUCCUGGCGGUGCCCGCAGUUAUUGUUGCAGAGGGAGGAGAUGUGGUGCCAGACGAAGAUAUGGAUGUUCAAGUGGUGGAUGUGAGUAUGGAGGUUGUGCAAAGUCUGAGGCUCUUCUCACCAGAAGCAGACGAAGAGGAGCCAAUGAUCACAUUUGGGUUAGACAAGUCAGUUCUGCCAAAUCCAGCCAUUCUGCUCAGCUUUGCAAAAGAAUGGAUCCAGGUUACAGGCCAAGGGAAGACCGUGUUUUACUCUGCGGAAGAAGGCCCGGAGGGCCCGGAGGCCCCGUUUCCAAAGGUUGCAAAAGCAAAGCAGAAGGCAAAGGCUGGGGAAAAGGCAAAGAAACCCAGCCCUCAGCAGGUGGCGGAACAGAUCCAGCACAUUGCCAGCGUGCUACCAGCCAUCACAGACACAUUGGCAUCCAUACAGGAGAAGCAGAGGAGGAUCAAGUACGUAGUAGAAGGUCAGUCCCUGUCCCCUCCACCAAGGCCAACUCAGGCCCCGGUGUCCAUGUCUAUGCAGGCCUUCGCAAACCUGAUGCAGCAGCCCCCCAAGACAAGGGGCGUGGAGCACUUGCCCCAUCCUCCACCUCGACCCCAUCGCAUGCAACUAGACUCACCUCUGGAUGCGCAGGGCCAAGCAGAGGAGAACCCCCCUGUAGAGGAGAGCUCAAGUCUGGCGUUGGCAGUUCUGGAACAGAGCCGGGCCCUUACAAGCCUGGUGAGCCAGUUGUCAUCAGGCGAUCCACUUUUGGAUGUACAAUCAACAGGGGCUUCGACGUCGUCAAAAGGAGCCCAAGGCAGGGAGAGGCUGCAGAAGGAAUUGGCAGAUCGGAAGAGCGAGUUCUGCCUGACAGUCAUGCAGAAUGCCUACAGGAGGUUGAAGCCUGCCUCUCGAGCCCCGUCAUCACUUCGGGAGAUAGCUGCCAGCGACUUCUCAAUGCUGACAUAUCUCGAACGUUUUGGCGGCUACGGAGGAGCAAAAGACAUGGGGGUCAUGCAGUAUGCCCUCAGCUUCAUUUUGGAUUGCGCGAUCAGAGAGGAUCUGGUAGGAGUCCAAGAAUAUGCAGCUCUUCUAGCGGUGGGCCUAGAACAGGCGGCUCAGGAUCAGGGGAGGUGGGACUUGGCGUUUCAGUUGAUGUUGCUGGAAGACCCCCCCAGCCAGAUGUGGAGCUACAGAGGGGGGGGUGUCCCACAGACGGGAAGGGCACGGGCCUUUGCGCCCUUAUGCCCGCAGAGAUGGGCUACGGUGGCUUUGGCGUAUUCGAGAGAAAUCGAUUUCAUACAAAACAAGCGACUGGAACUUGGGAAGAGGCCCCCGGCUCCGUCGGCGCAGGGUUCACCAGGGGUCAGCUGUGAUGUCCCUCACCGAGUUCUUCUAUGUCAGAGCGUGCCAUUGGCGCUGCUUACAGCGGGAGGGGACUACCAGCCGCCCCUGCUGGGCCGGAGAGUGGCGGGAAUGCAGGUGUUGGGAGUGCUACAUAUGAAAGGUCAGGAGACACUGAAUUUGUAUCGAUGGUCAGCAGUCAUGGUUAGGCAGUUGCUGGCAUCACGCACGAGGUUUUCAUACUUUGUGCUCAAGUGCAUCCUUUGCAGUAAGGGGCCUCGAGAUGAGACCCAAGCCGCUCUGUUUCCAUUGCCCCUUCCUCUUGGAGAUGUUUGCGACAGUGGCCUGAGAAAGCUGGGUGCCACACGUCGCGCCCGUUUAGCUGUGAGGAGGGCUUUGUUUCUGGCUGUUGCAGCUUUGAAUUACCUGCACUUCAAGAACCCCUUUUCUCAGUUGAUGCUGAUUCAGAGGUGUCCAGGUCCCCAGCAUGAGCAAGUUUAUGCUAGGUUGAUCGCACUCAUCAGAGCGAGUGGCCCUGCCAGACAGUUUGACCUUUUGGCUUGUGGUCGCAAAUCCCACCAAUUAGAUGCAAGACUGAACGAACUUCAUCGGGCUUUGCAACGUCUUGGCUUGAGUCAUAGUUCUUUCUACACGAAGGAGCAUGAGGCACAACGUGUCGAGAUGCAGAAUGAGAAGGACGAACUGCGUCCUUACAGGAAAUUGGAUGCAGAACGUUUGAAGUUGACAGGUGAGGCAAAUUGGGAUUGCAGACCCUACCUCUCUGAUCUCCUCUAUAUGUGCUUUGUGGAGCCAAAGUCAAAUCAGUUUGAAGUUUGUCCCCCCAGUGCUGUACUCCCUGACCUCUCUCGAGUUGAUGAGCAGGAGGUAUUGAAGCUGUGCAAAGUUUGGGAUGCUCGUGGCCUUUUGAAGAUUUUUCCCCGGAGUGAGGGCCCUCAGCAUGCGUGGAUGUUUGCGAAGGUCUUCAACAACUAUAAGUCACCAAGCACAGACAGGCAGAUUGGUGACAGGCGUGGUGCUAAUUUUGCAGAAGGGAAAAUUUCAGGUGGGCCGUCAAAGAGCCUGCCAACAGCAGCUUCAAUGCUUCAGAUAGGGGUGCAGAGAUACAAAGAGGCUUUGGUAGGAUCAGUUGCAGACAGGCGCGAUUUCUAUCAUCAGUUUUUCACAACAGAUGAGCGUUGCGUGUCCAAUGCGGUUUUUCCUCCAAUGCGUGCAGAGAAGCUGAGGGGCACAAAGGCUUUUGAGGAGUAUGAAGCAGUUUGGGGUUUUGCAACAACCAAGAAAAGGCGGAGAAGCAUGAGAGAGCUUGCUGGUGAUUUUUUGCAUGGAAGUCAGAAAUCAGUUUUGGUAGGUGAUGAUGAGGAGAUUUGCUGUUGUUUUGCUGCCCUGUUUCAGGGAGACCACCUUGGAGUAGAGUAUGCAACAGACGCUCAUGCAAACCUGCUUAUCUCCCAUGGGUUGAUCCUGCAGGAGUGUAGGUUACAGUCUGACAGACCUCUGGUCUCUGACGAGCUUGUCUCCGGUUUGGUCAUUGACGACUUCUUCGUCAUUUCAAAAGAGCCUGCAGAGAGAUCUGAAGUUUACGAGAACUCACGCUCCCACAAGCAGUUUCUGAAGGCCAAAGAGGUCUAUGCAAAAGAGCGCAUUUUUGGGUCUGAUGACAAGGAUGUCAUUGCAGCCUCUACCUUCAAGGCAUGUGGUGGAGAAGUGGUUUCCACUUAUGAAGCCGUCAGGAGUGGCGUUGUCUCUCUUGCUGCCCCUUUUGAGAAGCGUGUAGCGUUGAGUGCCAUUUCAAUGACAGCGGCUUCUUGGAAGUACACAACAGAUGCACUACAUGCGUGUUUGGUAGGAUCUUGGGUCUCUGUGACACUUCUCAGAAGGCAAGCUAUGUCGGUCAUGAAUGAGGUUUUCAAGGUCAUCCCCCCAGCAGAUUUGUCGCCUGAGGACCCUCGCCUUAGAUUCCUUCCAAGGUCUGCCGCUGAGGAGUUGCAACUGCUGGCCUCCCUUGCAUUAGUUUUGUCCUCCAACCUUGCUGUUCCUUUUGACGAGGAGAUUUAUGCCACUGAUGCGUCAAAUGAGAGAGGGGGCAUUUGCUCUGCAAGGGUAUCGGCCGAAGCUUCGGCAGUUUUGUGGAGGACAGCUGAGAGGAGAAGGGAGCCGGUGCCAAUGCAGUCUCAGGCACAGGUCAUCUUAUCCAGCUAUGAUAGCAUGUUUGAAUCUUUGCCUCAGAUGAAAAGCAGUUUGGACGGUAUAGAUGAGCUGUGUGGCCUCUCCGAAGAUGAGGGGGAAGGUGGUCUUGGUUUUUCAGGAGAAAAGCAUUUUUGUCAGCGACCCAUAGGGAUGCGUUUCCAGUUUAUUGAGCUUUGUGGAGGGGCUGGAGGAGUGACUAGAGAGUUUAUUAGGCGUGGCAUAGCUUGUGGCCCAGUUUUGGACUUGUCUUUGAGCCAGCAGUUCAACUUGGCAGAGCAUCGUGUCAUCCAAUGGCUUUGCUUCAUGAUGGAAGACGACAGACUUGACAGUUUCCUGGUGUCCCCACCUUGCACAACCUUCAGUCCUGCAGCCCAUCCUUGCGUGAGGAGAGCAGCCAAGGCGAAGCAAGAUGAGGGCAAGGCAAGCUGCAGUCGAAAGGCUCACGGCCUCGAGGAUGUGCUGACAAAUGACUUUGCUCUGAGUUCCGAUUGGAGAACUCUUUCUUCGUGGCGCUGGUCAGGAAGAUCCCAUAUCAAUGUGCUGGAAGCGGCGGCAUGUCUGAAGCUUUUGAGAGAUUUGGCAAAAAGAGGAGGUGAUCUAAAAGUUGCAGUGCUUCUGGACUCCCAUGUUGCCCUUUCCUGCUUUGUCCGGGGUAGAUCCUCUGCCAAGUCCCUCCAGCACCUCCUAAAAAAGGCUGCCUCCCUGUGCCUUGCUUGUGGAAUCUACCCAGCCUUUCGCUACGUUCCCACACGCCUCAAUCCUGCUGAUGCCCCAUCGAGAGAUCUGCCUUUGCCUGAUCCAGUUGAUGCCUCCCUUGCGCGUGAAGUGAGUAGUUUUGUGGCACAUGGGCUCGCUUCAGUCUCGGGCCUGAGAAGAUGGGCGGCAAACUGGGCCAGACUCGUGUUGCUCCUCCAACCGUCAAUUGCCUUGUUUUUGGGGCAUGCCGAUGUCAGGAAGAAUCCAAAGCUUCCAAUCAGCCUGCAUGAAUGGACUCUGGACUUUGAUUCCACUCUUGGUUUCCCGGGGGAGGGUCCACUUUGGCUUUCUUGGAUUUUUUGGACUUUUGGAUUUUCCCUAGCCCUUGGUCCUUGCCAGUUAGUCUUAGGCGUAGGAGUGAGCCAUGGUGAUGACGUGCGCAAGCUUCGACGAGCUGGGAUUGUGCUGGAAGAAGGGAGAAGGGUCACAGAGACCACAGCGAAUGUGCGCGAGGUGCUUUUUGGCAAUUUCUGCGAGUGGCUCACUGAGAGAGAUUUAGUUUUUGAGCACAUUUUCAUGCCACCAAACCCUGACCUAGAUUGUGUGAACAAAAUCUUGGUGCAGUAUGGGAAAUGGCUUUUUGCUCAAGGGAAGCCUUAUUAUCAUGUCAGUGAAUGCAUCAACCUUGUCACCAGCAGAAGACCUUUGUUGCACCGUUCGCUGCAGCAAGCCUGGGAUCUCUGUUUUCUUUCGGGUUCCUAUGAGCCUGUUGAACACCAUAUAGCAAUGCCGCACCAAAUCCUGGUCUCCCUCAUAGCUGCCGCUUUGUGGUGGGGCUGGGUUCGUGAAGCUGCAGUCUUUGCACUUGCAUGGGGUGCUUUACUGCGUAUAGGUGAGGUUUACCAGGCUACUCGAGCUGACCUUAUUCUUCCUGGCGAUGUGGAUGGAACAAACAAUUAUGCGCUUCUGCGCAUAAAGGAGCCGAAGACGAGAUUUAGGGCAGCUCGUCAUCAAGCAGGGAGCAACUCUGAGGUCUCACUUCACAAAGCUUUUGUUGUUGAUGAUCUGCUUACUGAGCUCAGCGAGGAAUAUGCUGCCAGCACGUGCGACGGCAGUUGGAUGGUGGCGAUUGCGAACCAUUGGUAUCAUCUCACGCACCGAAACUGCCUCACCUUUGCACAGCAUUUGGCCACCAGCUUGAAGGUUCCGAAGGAAUUUCCUCCUUGGAUCCUCGGGAUCUUGGCCGUUGGCACACCCAGUGGCUACGGGUUGUGUGGACGUGCCAGUACCAAAGUGGGCGCUCUGGACGCCACGGUGGACUACUUCUGGGGCUGGGCCAAGUGGUACAUGAUCCGAAAGCAUGAGCCGGCAGAGGAGCCUUUACCCGAAGACCCCACUGAACAGGCCAAUUCGGCCAAUUCCUGGACCUUCUUUGGGAUGAAUCCCAGCUGUUCUCCCUCGGUGUGUCCUGGUCCAGAAGCGUCGUCUGGACCGCCGAUGCCUGUGCAAACCUUGCUGUCGGAAGAGCUCGGAGCCAAGCUUCGGGCAGCAGGUCGCCGCACUGUCAGCUGCCAGGGCUCAAAGUUCGCCAUGGCGUUGCAAGGUCUGGUUCUUUUAGGCAGCUCCCAGCUGCCAUUGUUCCCCCGGCCUCGAAGAUCGCCGCAGAAAUGGCUGCCGCACGGGAGUUGGGCGGCCGCAAGUCUGGUGGCGUCUGUGAUGAGGGUCCGGCCGGUGAGUACUCGGCAUGCCCUGCGCCGGGCAGAGUCUGGAGAGAAAUCAGUGAGUCGUCGACAGGAGGUAGUGAUGACCCUGGGGACCCUGGCCCUGCCACGGCCAGCGGCGGCGGUUAGUCCAACGCUGGGCUUGGGCACCUGUUGUUUGAAGGGUGAAGCGAGUGAAGAGCAGGUCUAUCGAGGUUUGAAGAUCGGUUACCGCUUCAUCGAUACCGCCAGCCACUAUGAAAACGAAUCGAGUGUGGCGGCGGCCGUGCGACGCAGUGGGCUGCCGAGGGAGCAGCUGUUUCUGGUGACGAAGAUUUGGUUUGAUGACAUGGGAGAACGGACUAGCGAAGCCCUCCAGGAGUCACUGAAGCGUUUGGAGACGGACUAUGUGGAUUUGCUGUUGAUUCAUUUCCCCGGCACCAACGAUGCCAUCCAGAGCCCCGGCCGGAAUCGCUUGCAGAGGGAGGAGACCUGGAGGCAGCUGGAGGCAGCCAAGGCCAACGGCCAGGCGCGGAGCAUUGGAGUGGCCAACUUCACCCGCAGGCACCUCAAAGAGAUCUUGUCGUCCUGCAAGGACCCUCCCGAAGUCAUACAGACGGAGGUUCACCCCUACUUCCAGCAACCGGAACUACUGGAGUUCUGCCGGCAAAAGAACUUGCAAGUUCAUGCGUUUUCGCCCCUGGCACACGGAGAAUUGGGACUCCUGGAAGACCGUUUGCUGACGGAGAUUGCGCUGAAGCACCAACGCAGCGUGCCUCAAGUGGUGCUGCGGUGGCUGCUGCAACAAGGAAUUACGCCCAUUGCGUUCACUCAGUCUCCCAAGAACAUGCAAGAGAAUUGGGCUGCUGUUCAAGAAGACUGGCAACUCUCUGAACGAGAAUUGGAUCGGAUAAGUUUACUCGAUCGUGGAGCAAGGGUUGGAUUUGAUCCAAAUCUCAUUGCUUGAAAAAAAUGACAAAUGAUCUGAAGUCCCUGACUCCAGUGGCCGCUUCCAAACUUUGCCAGUGGUGAAGGCAACCAGCCUGGUGAACAUCUGUGACAAGGGCCUGACCGCCAAGUCGGUGGCUACCUGUAGCGCUGGGACUCACAGCGGCACUCACGACCUGCCAAAGAACUGGACUUUGCUUGGUUCUGUUGAUGCCAGCGGCUGCCAGCGCAUCAUUUUGCUACACAACUGCACUGCGAUAUCCAGACACCCAAAGUGUGUGACGCAUCACCCCUCCAGUUGAUCAUGCAGCUGCAAGCAUCGUCUUUGGCAGCUCGCUCGAAAAAAACGCACAGCCACAGAACCGUCACAGCCUGG